UCCGUUAAAUGCAAUUAAAGGGUCUUGUAGGAGACAAAGUGACAAUGGUGAGCUUAUUGCUUGCCUGUACCCAUUUGGUUGCUCUUGAGACUGGCAAGUGGUUGCAUGCUUAUAUAAUGAAGAAGGUUAUUGAAGUGGAUGUUGCCUUAGGAACGGCACUUGUGGACAUGUAUGCAAAAUGUGGGAGCAUAGAGAACGCAGAAAUUGUAUUUGAAGAACUUGCAGAGAAAGAUGUUAUGACUUGGACAGCUUUGGUUGUUGGACUUGCAAUGUGUGGACAAGGAGAUGAAGCUUUAAAGUAUUUCCAUGAAAUGCAGAUUAGUGGAUUGAAACCAGAUGCAAUUACCUUGGUUGGGGCUUUGGUUGCCUGUAGUCAUGCAGGAUUAGUGGAGGAAGGGAUUUCUUACUUUAACUCGAUGACUAAGACAUAUGGGAUUCAGCCUAGCAUUGAACACUAUGGUUGUUUCGUUGACAUGUUAGGCCGAGCUGGUCGGAUAGCAGAAGCUGAGGAGUUGAUAAAGAAGAUGCCAAUGACACCAGAUCAUUUUGUUCUGGGAGGACUUCUUGGUGCCUGCAGAAUACAUUGCAACCUUGAGGUUGCUGAAAGAGUAGCUCAACAGCUUUUGGAGCUUUACCCAGACAAUGGUGGGUCAUAUAUUAUUCUAUCAAACAUAUAUAGCUUGUCAAGAAAAUGGGAGGAGGCUAAAAGAAUCAGGGAACUCAUGGCGGAAAGAAAGAUAAAGAAGUCACCAGGUUGCAGUUUGAUUGAGGUUGACGGUGUUGUGCACGAAUUUAUUAAGGGUGACUCAUCACACCCACAAUCCCCAGUGAUUUACGAAAUGCUGGAUGACAUGUUAAGCCGAACAAAGAAAGCUGGUUAUGUUUCCAACAAAUCAGAAGUAUUGUUUGAUAUGGAUGAAGAGGAGAAGGAGACUGCACUUAACCUCCACAGUGAGAAGCUGGCACUUGCGUUUGGACUAAUAAGUACAAGUCCUGGAAUUCCAAUUCGAAUUGUAAAAAAUCUUCGUGUGUGCAGUGAUUGCCACGCCGCAAUCAAACUCGUAUCCAAAGUUUACAAUAGGGAAAUAAUCGUGAGGAAUAGGAACAGGUUUCACCAGUUUAAAAAUGGAUCCUGUUCAUGCAGGGAUUUCUGGUGAUGAGUGAGUAUAAUCCUAUAUUGGGAGGUUUUCAAAAUAU